CUGCGGACCCAGCGCUGCUACACAAUUUAUCAUUAUUCGUUGAGCAGCCACAGCAAGCAAGGCUGCCGCCGUCUUCACUCCUUAACCCUAUCUAGCCCUGCAUCAAUACCCAUCGCAAUGCAAGCAUUCAGCACCUUCUGCCUCGACGUCGACCCACGUACGCGGAUACGCGAGCUUUAUAUCACGGACAAAUACGUGGUCGCUCCAGGUAGCCAUACGGUCGUUCACAGCUUCGCAUGUUUGCAGUGCCAGCAAACCCCGGCAGGCGAAGCGUGUCCGAAUAACCAUGCCGUAAUAAAAACGGGGCCAAUUUGGGAUUCGGCUUGCCACCCAACGUCCAACCUUAUGUUAACGGCAUCGUUCGAAGGGAAGAUAGUGCUGUGGGACCUUACAACGGGCGCUUAUAUUCGCGGUUUCAGUCACGAGCAAAACGCCCACAAGGUCGUGUUCCUCGACGGAAGUUCAACCUUUGCUUCGGCGUCUAGGGGCGGGGAUAUAAUGUUGUGGACCUCGACGGCAGGAGAGCCGACGGACGUCCUCCGGGCCUACGCCGGCGGCAGUAUCGCCAUGCUCCUGAAGCUCGACAACGGUAGUGACGGCAACUUCCUUGCCGCGAGCUACGGGGACGGCGCGGUCCGCAUCUGGGACCUCGCCACCAAGACCUGCGCCCGCGUGCUCGCAGGCCACGCCGAAGGCAUCAACAUCCUCUCGCUCGCGCCGGGCCCGGAUAGCCACCGCCUCCGCGUGGGCCGCUUGGGCGUCCUCCGGAUCUGGGACUGGAAGACCGGGACGCUUAUUGCGCACCUCGAAGACGCCGAGUGCAGGGCAAACGAGCAGCUCUUCGACGACGUCGGCGGGAGCGGCCUGAUGCUUACGUACGGGCUGCCGGGCAACGUGCACGCCUGGACCCAAGACGGCGUCCGCGUCGGGGCGGCGCACGCGGCGCACGACGCGCCGCUGCGGACGCUGGCCCGGCUCGACGACCGGCUCGUGGUCUCGGUCGGCACCAAGGACGGCCGCGUCAAAGUGUGGCGCUGGGGCCCUGGGCGGGCCGACGGCGAGCGCAAAAGGUGGCUGUUUGACCUUUUUAGCGGGACCUGGAUGGUUAGGACCGUCGUUGCCGCGUCCGGGAGGCUCGCCAUCGCAACACAGGAAAAGGACAGCGGCCUCCACCACGUGCGUAUCUGGGAUCUGGAGGCGGUUCGUGCCUUUGCCGCGUCGCAUAUCGAUAAGGAGACCUAGGUGCGCAGUGUUUCCACAUACGGUCUGUCGACCCGGCCCUUUCGCUGCCAUGGACGAAGGUACACAGGUAGUUCCCUGCGCCACGCUGGUAAGCCUUGCAGCCUGCCGUGUACGCGGUAGUGUGGUUCCGGUUAACUAAGCAUCGUAUGCAAGGACUGCCUAAUAUUUAACGCUGGUCUCGGGAGCAAGGUUGCUACAUUUACCGUUUCCUUCUCGCCCUGUAGUAGCACGUACUGCUUUUGCUGUCGACAGGCUUCCGUCCGCUUCCCUAGCUCUUGACUGGCCGGCCUCUUUCCACACAAAGUCCGAUGUCCCAAAGUUGAC